AUGCUUCUUUAAUUUGAAUGCCUUCGAAAGCAUUUGAUUUUUGAUAAGGCGUACAUCCUUUAAUGUUAUGAAAGAGAAGUAUUCAUUGGAGAAAAUAGAGCAAAACCCAAAUACUAUUUUGAAGUGUCACUGAAGAAUUUUAUUGUAUUUCACACUGAAUAAGAUUAUUUUGGAUUCUCCAUUCCCUAUAGAGGAAAGUUAAAGCUAUUUCAUGCAAAUUCCAAAAAAGUCAGAGAACUUAAAUUACUUUUAUCUGGAAAGAUUCUUUUUGGAGACUUGAAUUAAUUCUAUCUGUAAAAGCAUUAACUUGGACAUGGAUCAUUUUCAUACGUUAAUUUGUUGUAGAACCUAGAAACCAAAGAAAUGGUGGCAGCUAAGUUUUUAAGUAAGCAAUGGAAGCACAAAACCAAUACAGAGCGAAUGAAGGCAAUAAUAUAAAAUUAUUUAAAGGAAAUAAUAAACGAAAAUAAUAUAGUAUAAUCUUUGAAUCAUCCAAAUAUAACCAAAAUAAAAGAGGUCUAUGACAAAAAUUCAGAGAUAGUCAUAAUAUAUGAAUUUAUAGACGGAGACACCCUUGAGAAAUAUUUACAUGAUCAUUGUGGGUCUCUAAGUCAUUUCGAUAUUUAAUCUAUUAUGCGACAAAUACUACUGACAUUAUUCUAUGUUCAUCAACAAUAACUCAUUCACAGGGAUAUAAAGCCGUCAAAUAUAAUGAUUCAAUAAAAUCAUAAUAUCAAAAUCAUAGACUUUGGCUUAGCUACAAAAAUUGGAGUAACUAAUAACGAUAUUUGUGGUACUGUCGGCUAUAUCGCUCCAGAAGUGUUGUGUAUUACUACUUAGCAAUCUGUUUAUUCAUUUAAGUGCGACAUGUUCGCAGCAGGAGCGAUAUUUUAUAAAUUAAUAACUUCCCAUGACUUAUUUACGGAGGCCAAAGAUUACGCAAAUUUUUAAUUAAAAUUAGACCUUUUAAGAAAACUCAAUACUCCUGAAUCUGGGAUUGACUUAUUGCAAAAGCUUUUGGAUUUUAACUAUAAAACAAGAUUAAGCGCCAAAGAAGCUUUAUCUCAUCAUUAUUUCACUGAAUCUCUAAGAGUGUCAGCCAAAAAGUCUUUACAAAUGUCUCAAUAGAAUAUUCUAUUAGCCAAUACUUCUCAAGUUUCGCUGAUUGGUACUUCAGAAACUCCAAUACAAAAUGUUAAUAUUUUCACUUAAAAUCUUAACAGGCGAUUCAGGUUUUCAAUAUAAUUAAAUAAUUGA